AUGGAGAGGUCUGUAGAGUUGGGCAAUAUGACCAGAGUCCAGGAGUUUGUCCUGCUCGGUUUGUCCACUAGGAUGGGCAUAAGAGAUGCCCUGUUUUCUGUCUUCCUGACCCUCUACCUGCUGACCCUCCUGGAGAACACGCUCAUCAUCUACCUCAUCUGCAGCCACAGUGAGCUCCACAAGCCCAUGUACUUCUUCCUGGGCAACCUGAGCUGCCUGGAGAUGUGCUACGUGUCAGUGACCAUGCCCAGCCUGCUUGUGGGGCUGUGGACUGGACCCUGCCAUGUGCCCUUCACAGCUUGCAUGACCCAACUUUUCUUCUUCAUCUCCCUCAUCUGCACAGAGUGCACCCUGCUGGCCUCCAUGGCCUAUGACCGCUACGUGGCCAUCUGCAGCCCCCUCCACUACCCGCUGCUCAUGCGGCCCCAAGUCUGCCUGGGCUUGUCCUUGUCCUCAUGGCUUGGUGGGCUGCUGGUCUCAGUGAUAAAAACAGCUUGCAUUGCUAGCCUCUCCUACUGUGGCCCCAACGUCCUCAACCACUUCUUUUGUGAUGUCUCCCCUCUGCUCAACCUAUCCUGCACCCACGUGUCCCUGACGGAGCUGGUGGACUUCGUCUCUGCCAUCGUCAUCCUCUGGGGCUCCCUGCUUGUAGCCAUGGCCUCAUACGUGGCCAUCGGCAGGGCUGUGCUCCACAUGCCCUCAGCAGCUGCCCGCCGCAAGGCCUUCUCCACCUGCACCUCCCACGUGGUUGUUGUGGGCAUCUUCUACUCAGCCACUCUCUUCAUCUAUGCUCGUCCCAGCCGCAUCGAAGCCAUGGACCUCAACAAGGUAUUGUCGGUCAUCUACACGGUGGUUACACCCAUGUGCAACCCCAUCAUCUACUGCCUGAGGAACAAGGAGGUCCAGGCAGCUCUUGGUAGAACCUUGCAUGGGUCCUGA